AUCCCACGUGUGCAACGACCAAACUCUCUCUUCACAUUCUCCUCGUAUAAAACCCCCGCCAUUUCCGUUUUCACCCAAAACCUUAAUCAAAUCUCGAUCAGAAAAUGGACGAACUCUUACCCAUUGUCGCGUUUUCGCUUCUUCUCGGUGCCAUCAUUGCCCUCCUCUUCUUCAACACCUAUUACCGGAAACGCCAAUCCGACGUCCGAUCCAUCGCAAAUGCUAAUCCAAAUCCAAAUCCAAACCCAAUCACUUCCUCUUCAAAACCCCUUCCAAAUAAAAAGUCUAACCCUAAACACCAUUCCUCUGACAAGGAUCAAAGCAAGCGGCAUCAUCCGUUGGAUUUGAAUACCUUGAAAGGCCAUGGUGAUGCAGUUACAGGGCUCAGCUUCUCUCCCGAUGGACGCAACUUAGCAACAGCUUGUGCUGAUGGAGUGGUGAGAGUAUUCAAGUUGGAGGAUGCUUCGAGUAAAAGUUUCAAGUUCCAUAGAAUUAAUUUACCUCCUGGAGGUCAUCCAACUGCAGUUGCUUUUUCUGAUGAUGCAUCCUCCAUUGUUGUGUCAUUGCACAGUCUCACUGGCUGUUCAUUGUACAUGUAUGGUGAAGACAAACCUAAAGCUUCUGAAGAUAAGCCACAAACAAAGCUUCCUCUCCCAGAGAUUAAGUGGGAACAUCACAAAGUUCACGAUAAAAAAGCAAUAAUUACUAUGUUUGGAACCUCCGCCACUUAUGGCAGUGCUGAUGGAAGUGCAUUAAUUGCCUCGUGUUCAGAAGGGACUGACAUCAUUCUUUGGCAUGGAAAAACUGGGAAGAGUUUGGGGCAUGUGGAUACAAAUCAACUUAAAAAUAACAUGGCUACUAUAUCUCCCAAUGGGCGCUUCAUUGCAGCUGCAGCGUUUACUGCAGAUGUUAAGGUCUGGGAGAUUGUAUAUGCAAAAGAUGGAUCUGUCAAGGAAGUUUCAAAUGUUAUGCAGCUUAAGGGGCACAAGAGUGCAGUAACUUGGUUAUGCUUUUCUCCAAACUCUGAGCAAAUAAUUACAGCAUCCAAGGAUGGUUCCUUAAGAAUAUGGAAUAUCAACGUUCGCUAUCAUAUGGAUGAGGAUCCCAAGACACUGAAGGUGUUCCCAAUUCCUCUUCAUGAUUCUACCGGUACUACAUUGCACUAUGAUCGCCUCAGUAUUUCACCUGAUGGCAAAUUUUUGGCUGCAACCCAUGGUUCUACAUUGCAAUGGUUAAGUGUUGAGACCGGAAAGGUUUUGGAUACAGCUGAAAAAGCUCAUGAUGGUGAGAUUACAGACAUUUCUUGGGGCCCUAAAACUAUUCCAAUGGGAAAAGAAAAAGUCUUGGUUUUAGCCACAGCCAGUGUUGACAAGAAAGUGAAGUUGUGGGCAGCUCCAUCGUGAACUAGUAUAUACUAGUGCAUCAUAUCAUAUGAUAGUGCUGACAACUAAUAUAUGCUUAAAGGCAUGAUGAUAUCUUGGAAAAAAGAUGAAUGAGAAACGAGGAUGAGGUGAAAAAGGGACUAGUCCUUGUGUUGCUGCUUUGACUUCGGUCAUUCGAAUUUUUGCGACUAAUAGUUUGUACAGACAUAGAUGAUUUUGUUUAUUUUGAUUUUGCUAUGCUGCUAAUUAGUCGGAAUUGAAUGAA